UCUGUGAUGGACAGGAGCAGGAUUCCAGCUCUGGAGGCAGGAACACACGGAUGGGGAUCAAAGGCAGACGGACAGACAGGGUCCUCUUGGGACGUUGGCCAUCGCAGGAGGAGAGUUGACCCUUUGGUCCCUCAGCUUUUACACUGAGCGUGGGGCAGAUGGGAUGGAACACCCCUGUGGGUCAGGUUUGGGUCACCUCUCCUGUCCCCUCCUCCCCACAGAUGUGACCCCUCUACGUUUUUUUCCGUUUCCGACCCUCUAAGGGGCAAAUACCGAAAAAUUGGCUGCCCUUGGUUGUUAGAGCAAUAAGUAGAAGCUCCUCUUCCUGGUAUUUAACACCAACGUUGGUCUGAUCACUCUGAGAAGGCCCAGUUUUCUCCGCAAUGCGCCGUUAAUUUCAGAGAGUUAGAAAAGGCCUCAAACUAAAAUGCCAAGUUACAGAAGACAAAAUUGAUCCGGUUUCACCUCAAACCGGGACGUCACCCCAUAGCGCACCCCGAUAUCGAAUCCCUGGGGAAUAUCGGGGUUGGGGAUGAUGAUGAAGGGGUGGGGAAGGUCUGGGAAGGUCUGACCUCCUUCUCCCCUCCGCAGCCGUGCAACGAGGCCGCAUGGCUCACCCCCCCAGCAGCCCCGGCCAGUACCCCCUGGUCCAGGGGGACCCCUACGGUGGCCAAGGCUACUUGAGCGGCUUCAUCUCCUUGCUCCUCCGCGCCGAACCCUACCCCCCGGCUCGUUACGGGGCCCAGUGCCUUCAACCCAACGGGGUGGUGGGCAUCGAGGGCAUCUGCGAACUGGCCGCCCGCCUCCUCUUCAGCGCCAUCGAAUGGGCCAAGGGCAUCCCUUUCUUCCCGGAUUUGCAGCUUUCGGAUCAGGUGGCCUUGCUGCGGUUGGGUUGGAGCGAGCUCUUCGUCCUCAACGCGGCCCAGUCGGCUCUCCCCCUACACGCCGCCCCAUUGUUGGCCGCCGCCGGGCUCCACGCGGCCCCCAUGGCCGCCGACCGCGUGGUGGCCUUCAUGGACCACAUCCGCCUCUUCCAGGAGCAGGUGGAGAAGCUGAAGGCGCUGCGCGUGGACGCGGCCGAGUACGCCUGCCUCAAGGCGGUGGCCCUCUUCUCCCCCGACGCGGUGGGGCUGUCGGACCCGGGGCAGGUGGCGGGGCUGCAGGAGAAGUCCCAGGUGGCCCUGGAGGAGCACGUGAGGAGACAACACCCCAGCCAACCCAGUCGCUUCGGGCGUCUUCUCCUGCGCCUGCCCGCCCUGCGCAGCGUCUCCGCCCCCGGCAUCCAGCAGCUCUUCUUCAGCCGCCUGGUGGGCAAGACCCCCAUCGAGACCCUCAUCCGCGACAUGCUGCUGGCCGGGGCCACCCUCAACUGGCCCUACGGCCCCAUGCAGUGACCGGCCACCACGGGAUGGGGACC